GUUUUGUUUAUGCGGAGCUAGGGCGGCCGGGGUGCGAAGGUCUGCAAGGGCUAAAUAAAGCCGGGCUGCGACACCGCAGCGGUCGUCCUGCCAUGGAUACCACGGAGAGCGCCGAGAGCGCGCACAGCCCAGCAUGUCCGCCCUCGCGCAGCCUCUGCCCGCCGCCCGCGCAGUCCGGGUACCUAUCAGCCCGGAUCCAUCCCCGCGCAUCCCCCACCCCGUGCCCGCCGCCCACGGAGCCCGAGGACCGGCUCGUCCCCGUGCCCUCUACCUCAGCCCUCGCCCUGUCCCCGCCGCCCUUGCCUUUGCCCGUCCCCAGUGCCCUUGCUAAGUCGGAGUUGAGUCCGGUGGCCCCGCUCACGUUCCUUAUGCGCAGCUUGCGCUUGCUAUCCUGCAGGUCCGAGGGCUUCUGGAGACCGUGGGUUCGAACUCCUGGCGAGAAAGAGGAGCGGGCGGAGCCCCAUGCUGCAGAGGCGUUGCCCAGUGGCCCAGGAAUGACUGAAGCUUCGGGGAAGCUUUUGCAAUACCAACACCCUGUCAGACUAUUCUGGCCCAAGUCCAAGUGUUACGACUACUUAUAUCAAGAAGCAGAAACUCUUCUGAAAAAUUUCCCAAUUCAAGCUACAAUUUCCUUUUAUGAAGAUUCUGAUAGUGAAGAUGAAAUAGAGGGGCCGGCCUGUGAAAAUCAAUCUAAUUAGUUACUUCUGUUGACAAUUUGAGCUGUGUAGAAUUUAAAUUUUGUAUAUAAAUGUACCAUAAACUUUUAAAACUAAUUUAUUUGUAUAUAUGUUAUUAAUAAAACAUUUUGUAAUAA